CAGUUUCGGAGGUGGUCAUGGCGGUGGUUUUGUAGCUAGUUCUAGUUUUGGAAGUUCCGGUUACGGAGGAGGUGGAGGCCACGGUGGCGGUGGCGGUGGAGGUGGUGGGCACGGAGGUGAUGACCACUCUUACGCAUCUAGUAGCUUCUCCUCUGGCUUCGGCAGCAGUGGUCACGGAUCUUCGGGACUAGGAAGCUUUUCCGGUGGACACGGAGGUGGAGGGGAUUCGUAUUCAAGUGCGCAUGGAUCGUCGUUCGGAGGUGGAGACUUUGGGGGAGGAGGUGGAGGAGGAUAUGGAGGUGGAGAUUCUUACUCGGGAGGUCAUGGAGGCGGGGGAGGAGGUGGUGGUCAUGGAGGAGGUGGAGGAGGAUAUGGAGGUGGGGAUUCUUACUCGGGAGGUCAUGGAGGCGGGGGAGGAGGAGGAGGUGGUCACGGAGGUGGAUUUGGGGGUGGUGAUUCCUACUCCAUUGCUCACAGUGGAGGAGGUUCGUCCUUCGGUGGUGGAUACUCUGCCCCAUCCGGAGGCGGAGGAGGCCAUGGUGGAUUUGCUGGUUACCCGUAGAAAUAAUUUAUCCAUUGUAAAAAAAUUCGACGUCUCUUAUUAAUUUUUAAGAGAACUUUCGCAAAGACUUUGUAAAAAAACGGAAUUUAGAUGGAAUUUCUACAUUCUGGCUUUUUUUUACAAUUAGACUAAGAUAUUUUUUUCUAGUACAUUUUUCCAUUAUUGUAGUAAAUUAAUUUGUUUCUGUCCUGUUUUGACUAUGGAUUUCAGUUUAUUUUUUUCAUUUCUUUCAAUUUUUUUUCUCAUCUACAAAAGACGAUUUUUUUCGUUUUUAAUUUUUUUUUGAAAAUCAAAGUAGAUGUAUUUUUUUUGUCACAAAAAGAAAAUGUUCUUUCUGUGAAAACUGAAAUUUUUAUUGUAAUAAUUUAUUGUAUAAUUAUAGCAGUAUUUGACGUUGCCUGAACAAUUUAUGUAUAAUUUUCGUAGUGCUUACACAUUUUUGAUGAUUUUACGGUUUUUUUUUUUUUUUUUUUUUUUGUUGAGACUAACAGUUUUUGUGUGUUCUUGCUUUUCAGAACAAAAUAUAUUAUGUUGACGAGAAACGCAGUCGUUUCAGAAAAAAAUGUGAUAAACAACAUUGUUGUUUCCGCCAAACUGUUUUAUUUUUUGUAGAAUACUUUUCUGUAAAUAUUUCUGCUUUUGCAGCGUUGCUUUUGUAAUAAAAUCGUUUAUAAUUAAUAAAAUGUGAGUUUUA